UGUGUGAAUAUGUAAGGUGGGGGCGCUCCUCCUACUUCAGGCCUGUCCCACGCACACACAGCUAGUAAAACACGAAAGCAGGAAGGAUCCAGCACGAGUCCCUUUCAGUCGUAAACAUUGCAUGAAGUUGAUGAGGUUUGUGGAUGUAGACGGAGAAUGUUCGCUGUCCGCUUCACGACGUUCACCGCGUUCAUUAUAUCUUCCAGCUCUUCUUAACGCAUUGCGAAGGUCAGCGAUGCCUAUUUUCUUCAGGCCUGUAAAGCUAAGCAGUAAGAUGAUUCUGCUGUUGGUGGUCAUGUUGGCUUCAGCUACUACCUGUAUAGAAGAUAAAGGCAGCAUUGGUGACAUUGAGUGUGUGUGUGAGGGGUUAAAAUGCAGUGGUGUCCAGCAUUGUUUUGGUCUGCAGUGCUUCUCUUCCCUAUCUUUCGAGAACGGGACAGCCCUCCAGCAGAAAGGAUGCAUUGUGGGUAAAGAAGAAACGGUGCACUGCAAAAACUCCCAGACUGUGGACACACUGAUGCACUGCUGCCAGGAAACAUUGUGCAAUAUGAAUGUUACUGUGGAGAUGCCAAGUACAGAUGAGGAGUUAAGGGUGAGCCCUACAGAGCACGAGUGUGUGUGUGAGGGUCGAUCAUGUGCAACGGGGGACCGCUGUAAGGGUCAGCAGUGUUUCUCCUCUUUGACACUGAGUGAUGGGACACCAGUUUCUCAGAAGGGUUGUUUUAAGGUGUAUGAACAGGGCAGAAUGACCUGUAAAACACCUCCGUCACCUGACCAGAUAGUGGAGUGCUGUCAGGCUCAUCUGUGCAACAUGAACCUCACUGUGAGACUUCCUGUACGAGUGGUGAAGGGCCCCAACUAUAGUGUGACAACGUUGACCAUUGUGAUUGUGGCUCCAGUCAUCGUUCUCAUUUUCCUGUCUGGUGUGGCUGUCCUGAUCUUCCGUUGUCUUCACCAUCGCCAGAUGGAACAUCUGACCGCUCAUGAUGCGGAGUAUGGCACUAUCGAUGGUCUGAUUGCGUCUAAUGUGGGAGAAAGCACACUCGCGGAUUUGUUGGAUCAUUCCUGUACAUCUGGAAGUGGCUCUGGACUUCCUUUCCUGGUUCAGAGAACAGUAGCUAGACAGAUCACUCUCAACGAGUGUGUUGGUAAAGGUCGAUAUGGAGAGGUCUGGAGAGGUCAGUGGCAGGGAGAAAAUGUGGCUGUGAAAAUAUUCUCAUCUCGAGAUGAGAAAUCCUGGUUCAGAGAGACAGAAAUCUACAACACUGUCCUGCUUCGACACGAGAACAUUCUGGGUUUUAUUGCAUCCGAUAUGACAUCACGUAACUCCAGCACUCAGUUGUGGCUAAUCACACAUUUUCAUGAGAUGGGCUCUCUCUACGAUUACCUGCAACUCAGCAUGCUAGAUGCUUCUGCCUGUUUGCGGAUGGCACUGUCCAUUGCCAGUGGCCUGGCCCAUCUGCAUGUGGAGAUCUUUGGCACACAGGGCAAACCAGCCAUUGCUCACAGAGAUCUAAAAAGCAAAAAUAUUUUAGUGAACAAAACUGGCCAGUGCUGCAUUGCAGACCUUGGUCUUGCAGUUAUGCAUUUUCAGGACACAAAUGAGCUGGACGUAGGGAAUAAUCCUAAAGUUGGGACCAAGCGCUACAUGGCCCCUGAGGUUCUAGAUGACUCCAUUCAGACAGAUUGCUUUGAGUCUUACAAACGAGUUGAUAUCUGGGCCUUUGGACUUGUGUUGUGGGAAAUUGCUAGAAGAACGAUUAGUAAUGCCUUAAAAUGUGUAUGUCACUUGUGUGUAAACCACACCUGUGAGACAGAGGCAGAAGGAGCAUGUUGGAACUCAGUAAUGCUCAUAAAUGGGAAGGAGGAGGCCGUGAAGUCUUGCCUGUCCCCAUCAAAGCUCAAGGGUCAGGUGUUCUGCUACAGCUCCGGAAAUGUAUCCAAACGCAACUGCUGCUUUACAGACUUCUGCAACAAUGAGACGCUACAUCUCAAUCCAGAGCCACCACCUGAGGGGUCUGGGUGGAGUCAGCUGGAACUAGCAGCUGUAAUUCUUGUGCCAUCGUGCCUGGUGUGUGUAGGUGUCAUUCUGGGAAUGUGUGCCGUACAAAACCUGCGGUGCAACCACAUAAAAGCCCACAAACAAGAUCCAGAGGAACCCCUGGAUGACCAGACUCUGGUGUCACCUGACAAAUGCCUAAAAGAGCUAAUCUAUGACAUGAGCACCUCUGGCUCAGGAUCAGGAUUGCCCCUAUUGGUCCAGAGAACGAUUGCUCGAACAAUUGUCCUGCAGGAGAGUAUUGGGAAGGGCCGCUUUGGGGAAGUGUGGAGAGGCAAGUGGAGGGGGGAGGACGUCGCUGUGAAGAUCUUCUCUUCACGAGAUGAGCGUUCCUGGUUUCGUGAGGCUGAGAUUUAUCAGACCAUCAUGCUACGUCAUGAGAAUAUUUUGGGUUUUAUCGCUGCUGAUAACAAAGAUAAUGGCUCAUGGACACAGCUGUGGCUGGUGUCCGAGUAUCACGAGCACGGCUCUCUCUUUGAUUACCUGAACAGAUACACAGUAUCAGUGGAGGGGAUGAUAGUCCUGGCACUGUCCAUUGCCAGCGGCAUUGCCCACCUGCACAUGGAGAUUAUUGGCACUCAAGGGAAGCCAGCCAUAGCUCACAGAGACAUAAAGUCUAAGAACAUUCUGGUUAAGAAGAAUGGAACUGCUGUGAUUGCUGAUCUUGGUCUGGCUGUCAAACACGACUCUAACACCAACAUUAUUGACAUCCCCAUUAACCACAGAGUGGGCACCAAGAGGUACAUGGCUCCCGAGAUCCUGGAUGAUUCCAUAAACAUGAGCAGCUUUGAGUCAUUUAAGCGUGCUGAUAUCUAUUCACUUGGCCUGGUGUUCUGGGAACUUGCACACAGAUGUUCUGUCCAAGGGAUUUAUGAAGAUUUCCAGUUGCCUUAUUAUGACCAGGUGCAAUCAGACCCAUCAAUGGAUGAUAUGAGGAAGGUGGUGUGUGAACAGAAACUACGACCUAACAUUCUCAACCAGUGGCAGAGUUGUGAGGCACUGAGGGUUAUGGGUAAGAUCAUGCGGGAGUGCUGGUACGCCAAUCCAGCUGCUCGUCUGACAGCACUACGUGUCAAGAAGACUAUAUCUCAGGUAACUGUGAUCAAGGACGUUAAAGAGUAACCAAGCUGCCUCGGCGUUAAAGUAUAACCCAGCUGCCAUCUUCUGUGUUUCUGUGUGUUAAUGGCACAUUUCAGAUGCUCGGGUGAGAUGCCAAAGAUUCCAGGAGUUUAACAGGGAAAUGUUAUCUUAUGCUGUCUGAGCAUUAGGAGAAUUAAUGAAAGAGAGUGUAUUUUGUUUUUUAGUCAAUAGAUGGUGAUAGAGUACUGAUAUACUGCUACCUCAACUGAUCCUAUUAGUGCCAAAUGCUUGGAGUUGCACUUGUUACAUUUUGUGCCAUUAAUGUUUUGCUUGGUGUAAAUUAAAACUAUACAGUGUUAAAAAAGUCAAAAUGUCUAUACACACACACUAACAAACAGGACCAAUUAAAAAUUUUUUUUGUAAGACCACGUGUUGACGUCAAAGUGUAAUGUGGUCUGCAAAGCUUGUUUUUUUUAGCCAAGCUUUGCUCAGAUUGUGGUUUCCGGCACUAUUUUUUCUACCGUUUUACACAGCUCUCAUUAUGUUUGACUGUACUGUGUACCUGUAGAAACAUGAUGUUUUUCUGAAAGCCCUUUGAUUUCUGAAUGUAAAAAGUGUUUUGUGUCUGAGCAGAUGUCUGGGCCAAACCCUUAUGUUUUUUGUUUUUUUUUAGGGGUG